AUGGUGAGGAAGAAGACAAUGAAUUUGGUGUUUGCGGUGACUCUAUAUCUGUGUGUGGUCUCAGGUGUGGUGUCUAUAGAGCCGAUCACAUCAUCACUGGUGGGAGUGUUGGGAGCGAUCGGUUUGGGAGCCAUAUAUGGGACGUGGGAUUACCUCAAGUGCUCGACAGUCGAGUGUUGCCAUCCCUUCGGCGAAGACAAACGGCUCGUGAAGGACUCGUCGGCCGGCAAAUGGUUCCGGAGGGAGGCCUGGAUUGACUACGAGCUGACACAACUCGACCGCAGUCUCAAUACGCAACUCCAUGGCCAGCAUUUGGCGAAGAAUAUCAUCACUAAAUUGAUUCCCAAACACCUGAAGAAUGCGAACCCGACGAAGGCGUUGGUGUUGUCUCUUCACGGCUGGACCGGCGGUGGGAAGAACUUUGUGUCUGAAAUUGUGGCCAAAAACAUAUACCGAAAGUAUCGCGAAUCCGGAAGAAGUGAUUUUGUGAAACACAUUAUUUGCACCAAAUUUAACACAAAUGACAAACAAUUGAUGAGACAAUGGAUUAGAGAUAACGUGACUGCAAUGGUCAAGCAGUGCGAGCGGUCUCUCUUCAUCUUUGACGAAAUGGACAAAUUGACGCCCGGAGUGAUCGAUGCCAUCAAACCAUUCAUUGAUUUCAAUCAAUUCGUCGAUUUUGUCGAUUACAGGAAAUCUGUUUUCAUAUUUUUAAGCAACACCGGCGGCACCGGUAUUACAAAGACUGCUUAUGAUUACCAUUUGUCGGGCAGAGAGCGCACAGACAUCACAAUCAAAGACUUGGAACCGUUGAUCAAUUCUGGAGCUUUCAAUGAAGACGGAGGCCUUUAUAAGAGUGAUAUCGUCGAGAAGAAUCUGAUCGACGCUUUCGUACCAUUCCUUCCUUUGGAGAAAAAGCACAUAAAACUAUGUAUUAAUGAUUAUUUGAGGCAACACUACAACAAAUCAGAUCCAAUGGUAGAUCCGGGAGAAGAAUUCAUUAGAAAUGUGGCCAAUGAAUUGGAGUACUUCCCGGCCGACACUAAAUUAUAUUCAAAAACCGGUUGCAAAAGAGUGGGCAAUAAAGUGGAUGUUCUCAUGUGAUGUCACAUUCUGUGUAUAAUUUAUUAAAUAUUAUGUUCAAUAUUAGUCA